AUGCCUGUCACUCUCUCAGAAUAUCGGCGGAGAGACCCAUCGCCUCUGUCCUCUUCUACACGUCCAACUCUGUACAGAAGCGUUAACCUGAACCGCAAGAAGCCCUGCGCCAAAAUGGUAGCUCCCAAAGUCUUCCUCACAGGUGCUACAGGAUAUAUCGGUGGAGAUGGCCUGUAUAAUAUCGUCAACGCCCACCCUGAUUGGGAGAUAACGGCUCUUGUCAGAAACCCAGACAAAGCCGCGCAGGUCGAGAGCAAAUAUCCCAAGGUCAAGAUCGUCAAGGGUGAUCUCGAUUCGGCGGAUAUAAUCGAAAGAGAGGUUGCGGAAGCCGAUAUUGUUUUCCACUUCGCUGAUUGCGACCACGUCGCUGCUGCAACAGCCAUCGCGAGGGGCGCCACCCACCACCCCCCAGAGAGGCCCCUGUGGCUCAUCCACACCUCCGGGACCGGUAUUUUGACAUACGAGGACUUCCGUGCCAAAUCGUGGGGUAUCGAACGCUCCAAGGAAUUCAACGACUGGGACGGAAUUGAAGAGCUUACCCACCUGCCGGAUGAUGCCUUGCACCGCGACGUCGACAAGAUCAUUCUGUCUGCUGGCGAAAGAGCUCCGGAGAGCGUAAAGACGGCGAUCGUGUGCCCCCCUUGCAUUAAUGGCCCAGGACGUGGACCGUGCAAUACAAAGAGCGUCCAGGUGUAUACUCUGACCGAGACCGUUCUCAAACGAAAGAAGGGUCUCUUGCUCGGCCAAGGAAAAAAUAUCUGGCAUUACAUUCACGUUCAGGAUCUCAGCAACGUCUACCUCGCACUGGGCGAGGCGGCCGCCGCAGGGGGUGGAGAUGCCACCUGGAACGACAAGGGAUACUAUUUCGCCGAGAACGGGUCAUUCGUCUGGGGUGAUGUUCAGCGUGCAGUGGCCAAGGCUGCUUUUGAUAAGGGCUUGAUUCCAUCGCCGGAGGUUGAGCCCUUGUCCGACGAGCAGAUCGAGACCCUGCAGCCUUUCGGGCUGUAUAUGUGGGGGAGCAACUCGAGAGGUCAUGCCAUUAGGGCUAGGAAGCUGUUGGGAUGGAGUCCUCAGAAACCUAAGCUGUUCGAUAUCAUCUCUGAUAUUGUCGAGGUUCAAGCGAAGAGUCUUGGCCUGUUAUAG